AUGGGGAGGGAAGUAGCCUCUGCUUACCGCCGCCGCAAGUCUACCGUCCCCUCUGUCUCCCCCUUUCCCUCGCGCAUCUCCUCCGCCACCAAUUCCAGCAUGGAGUCGCUCCCGGAAGCACCACAGAACCUCACCCCCGCCCGCAAACACCACAAGCUCUUGAAGGACGGCAGCGAGGUGUGGUCCAAGGAGGUCGAGAAGAUCUUCGUCGAGGGUCUUCGCCUCUACUGGCAAUCUCCGUGGGCCACUUACUCUCGUGGUCGCAGUCGGUGGCGCAACCAGUUCCUCGUGGACCAUCUCAAGAAAGCCGGCAUCGAACGCACCAAGAAGCAGGUCGCGAGCCACAUUCAGGUCCUCCGCAACAUGUGGAGGGGUCAGCCUGAAUUUCACCUCGUAGCCGGCGGCGAGGAGCUUUUCCAGGAGAAUGGUCUCCUGGCG